AGAAUCCGACCGUUGUAAGAGGCUUUCAAACGGCAUUUCCCCCCUCCGUUCUCCACCCUUCCAUCAGAUCAGUCAGACACAAACGCGCACGCACUCUCUCUCUUUCUCUCUCCAAUGGCGAUCGCUGCGGAAACUCCCCAAGAAGAGAAGAAGUCAUCGUCCGAGGUUGUUCCAGCAGCGGAGAAGAGGAGGUGGACUCUCAAUGAUUUUGACAUCGGAAAGCCUCUUGGAAGAGGCAAGUUUGGUCAUGUUUACCUGGCAAGAGAGAAGAAGAGCAAUCAUAUUGUGGCACUCAAGGUUCUCUUUAAGAGCCAGCUGAAGCAGUCUCAGGUUGAGCAUCAGCUGCGCAGGGAAGUCGAAAUUCAGAGUCAUCUUCGCCACCCAAACAUAUUACGUCUUUAUGGGUACUUCUACGAUCAGACUCGAGUUUAUUUGAUAUUAGAAUAUGCAGCGAAAGGUGAACUAUACAAGGAACUGCAGAAAUGCAAAUAUUUCAGCGAAAAACGUGCUGCUACUUACAUUGCUUCGUUAGCACGGGCAUUAAUAUAUUGCCAUGGUAAACAUGUCAUACAUAGAGACAUCAAACCAGAGAAUCUUCUAAUCGGCGUACAGGGUGAACUGAAAAUUGCAGAUUUUGGGUGGUCUGUGCACACGUUCAACCGCAGGCGGACAAUGUGUGGUACUCUGGAUUAUCUUCCACCCGAGAUGGUGGAAAGUGUAGAGCAUGACUCUGGAGUAGACAUUUGGAGCUUGGGAGUAUUGUGCUAUGAAUUUCUGUAUGGGGUGCCACCAUUCGAAGCAAAGGAACACUCAGAUACAUAUAGAAGGAUUAUAAAGGUCGAUCUGAAGUUUCCCCCGAAACCAGUUGUUUCUUCCUCCGCGAAAGACCUCAUUAGUCAGAUGCUGGUCAAAGAUUCCUCGCAGCGUCUCCCACUACACAAGCUUCUUGAGCAUCCAUGGAUAAUCCAAAAUGCAGAUCCCUCAGGCGUCUACAGGGGGUGAUUUCAUGAAGGGGGUUCUGUCUCUUCGGGGGAUUUUUUUUUUUUUUUCCAUGUCAGCAUUGAUGGAAGACUCAUGCACAUGUGAAUGUUGUGUUAAUUUGUAUGGUAUCACCAUUGAUGGAUUGCAUUGUAGCUUUUUACAAUGGUAACGGCUGUCAUAACUGUAUGCGGAUUUAAGAAGAUUCUUUCUUUUUUAAAUCACAAAGGAUUUUUUUCCUGUUUCA